AUGAAUACAACAGAACAAGGAUUAGAUGUGCUAAACGCACCUGGAGAGACAGAGGAUUACAUUGUAAACAUGCAUGUUUACAAUUUCUUUUUAGUAUUCAAUUGUAUCGUAUGCGGAGAAAUCAUUGGCAUUCUCGGCAUAGUUGGCAACAUUUGCAACAUCUGGAACUUCUGCAAACAGGGACUCACAGACAGCAUCACUGUCACUUUGACCGCACUGUCCCUCAGCGACCUGGGAGGUUUGGUCAUUCAGCAGGGAAACAACAUUCUGUUCUGUCCGUACCUCACUCAGAUAGAGCUGAACUUUGUGCCGCUGGACCUCGCCUCGGUUUUCUUCUUUUACCCCCAGGGAUACUUUAUCCGAGUCAGUGGGUUGAUAACUGCGUUUGCGACGUUCGAGCGGUGCAUGUCGGUAACAAUACCUCUCAGGGUGAAGUCCGUAUUUACCAAGAGAUUGGCGGUCAGCGUUAACAUCUCCAUCUUCCUAAUCCUGUUACUCUACGUGUUUCCUAUCAGCUUCGUGGUCGAGCUAGCGUUCGUCUGGAUCCCCGAGACUAACAGGACCAUGUUUACAGGAUUGGGCCGAAGCAACACUGACCAGAUCAUGCACGUCAGCUAUUUAAUCACCGACCUGGCUCUGCCUUAUUUCACAUUCCUGGCCAUCGUCGUCUGCAACGUCGUCAUCACCGUGACCCUCAAGACCAAGGCCAAGUGGAGGACUUCCGUUUCCGGUGUCGGCAAGAGAGAUGAGCAUGCGUGGAGGCUACGAAUGAAGGAGAGGAAGACGGUGGUCAUGCUGGUCACCGUGUCCGUCAUCUUCAUCGCCUGCUUAAUCCCGCACUCGGCCAUGUUGACAGCGCUAAGUGUGUUCAGGGGGUUGAAGUUUGGCGGUCCCUACUUCCAGAUCGCCUGUGUGGUGUAUUCCUUCACGUUUUUAAUGGAGACUAUCAACUGCAGCGUGUCCUGCAUCAUCUACUAUAAGAUGAGUACCAAGUACAGAGUCGUAGCUCAGCAGAUGUUCAGGUUUUGGAAGCCCAAACUAAAAACUUUAAAAUGA